UUUGUGCGUCGCUGCUGUCCCAAAUUCGGGUGCUGGGAGCUCUUGGGUGCUUCCCUGAGCUCCUCCUGUGUUUUUUCCUUGCAGAAAUGUCUCCUCAGUGGGCUGUGGCUCCUCUCCAGGCGUUAUCCCAUCCCUGCCUUCCCCAGCAGUGCCCUGUACAGGAUCAGCAGCCCUGCCCUGGCCACCCCCCAGUCCAGAUGCUACUCCUCGGGAGGAAGGAAGGGAUUCAUCUCAGGUUUUGUGGAGAACAUCAAGCAGGAAUUAGCCAAGAACAAAGAGAUGAAGGAAAGCAUCAAAAAAUUCCGAGAUGAAGCAAAAAAGUUGGAGGAGUCGGAUGCUCUGCGGGAAGCAAGGAGGAAAUAUAAAACCAUUGAAUCUGAAACAGUGAAGACCUCAGAAGUGAUUAAAAAGAAACUUGAAGAAAUAACAGGGACGGUUAAGGAGAGUUUGGAUGAGGUCAGCAGGAGUGACCUGGGCAGGAAGAUCAAGGAGGGCGUGGAGGAGGCGGCCAAGACGGCCAAGCAGUCAGCAGAGUCUGUGACCAGGGGAGGGGAGAAGCUGGGCAGGACUGCAGCCUUCAAAGCCAUCUCCCAGGGAGUAGAAACCGUGAAGAAGGAGAUAGAUGAGAGUGUUCUGGGCCAGACAGGUCCCUACAGGCGCCCGGAGCGGCUGCGGAAGCGAACGGAAUAUUCCGGAGAGAGGAGCAAGGAGCAGCGAGUGUUCCAGGCCAACGAGGAGGCCAUGGGCAUGGUGCUGCAUAAAGACUCCAAGUGGUACCAGCAGUGGAAAGAUUUCAAGGACAACAACGUGGUUUUCAACAGGUUCUUUGAGAUGAAGAUGAAGUACGACGAGAGCGACAACGCCUUCAUCCGAGCGUCACGGGCUGUCACCGACCGUGUCACCGACCUGAUCGGGGGGUUGUUCUCCAAGACCGAGAUGUCGGAGGUGCUGACCGAGAUCCUGCGGGUGGAUCCCUCCUUCGACAAGGAUCGCUUCCUGAAGCAGUGCGAGCGGGACAUCAUCCCCAACGUCCUGGAGGCUCUGAUCUCCGGAGAGCUCGACAUCCUCAAGGACUGGUGCUAUGAGGCCACCUACAGCCAGCUGGCCCAUCCCAUCCAGCAGGCCAAGGCCUUGGGGCUCCAGUUCCAUUCCAGGAUCCUGGACAUCGACAACAUCGACCUGGCCAUGGGCAAGAUGAUGGAGCAGGGCCCCGUGCUGAUCAUCACCUUCCAGGCCCAGGUGGUGAUGGUGAUCAAAAACCACAAAGGGGACGUGGUGGAAGGGGAUCCGGACAAGGUGCUGCGGAUGCUCUACGUGUGGGCGCUGUGCCGGGACCAGGACGAGCUGAACCCCUACAUGGCCUGGAGGCUGCUGGACAUCUCCUCCUCCAGCACAGAGCAGGUGCUGUGAGCAGGGCAGGGCCCUCCCAACCAGCCCCCUGCCAGCAGCUCCAGGCUGGCAGUUGGGGAUUUGGGGAUUUUGGGUUCUCCCGAGCCCUGAGGAGUGGGGGCGGCUCCUGCUCGG